GGACGGACCAAUGAUGCAGGACCAGUGAUGCAGGAGGCUGCUGCCCUUGUACACUGUCAAAUCUUCAGAUGUUGUUGUUACGCGCAUACUCUUCUGACGGUUGUGACAGUGUGAACCCGAUGGAGGGUGUUGAAGUCGAGGAUGUCAGCCCGGCCAUGGAGGCCACUGAGGACCUCCUGGAGGGUGGCCAUGGGGGUGACCACCUGCACCCACACCCCGCGCUGAAGGAGGUGUCCAUGCUGUGCAAGUUCAGCGAGAUGUGGGACCUGCUGGGUAGACAACAGCAUCAGGAAGACUCCAAAAGCUGGACCUGGGCUGAGCAGACGUCGAGCAGUAAUGGCAUUUUGGGCUACAGACAUGGCCAUAGGUGCCGAGCCCAGUCCACCAACGACCUCGCCGUCCAUAGCCAUAGCACUCCGUGUAACAACGUGGGCGGCUUUAAGCGCGGGCAUAACCGAUCGCAUUCUGAUAUGAACUAUAGCUCCUGUAAAGAAAAUCUAUUCCCAGUACUAGACAAAAAUACAUUGAAGAAUAUGACUGACGGAGCCAGAAGGGAAGCACAUCCAGAGUGGCAUUCCAAUUUGGUUAAACAAGGAGAGCUUGAGCAGAGAGAAGGUCCUCGAGGACGCUGGAGGUCCUGCCAUGUGGAACUCACCAAUUUCGAGCUGCGCCUGUACAGCCUGGACAGUAGCGGCAACAGGCAGCUGUGCACCGCGUUCUCCCUCUCCCAUUGUCAGGCCGUUAACCCCUUGCAAGGCCAGGACGGCCACAUCCUGGAGGCCCUCUUCUUCAACAGCACUCGCCUACAGCUCCGAGCGCCCUCCCAGUGGGAAGCGCAGAAAUGGAGCCAGCUGUUAUGGGAGUGCGUACUCGCUACCCGGCCCCCUCGUGAAGACCACCUAGCACACUCAAACAGAACUGUUUAUGAAGCGUCUGCUGCUUCUGCCAAACAUCAAGCACAUCAAGCUCCUUCUCGUCCCAUGAACCGGCCAACCACCUUGCCUUUGUUUACAGAAAACUACGCCACCGGAGCGAUUAAAGUGGGCCAGCUGAAACAACUCUGUGACCUCAACAACUGGAGGGCCUUUAACUAUGUGCUCACGCCAACCCAUCUGCUGGCCUUCCCAAAUGAGGACAAGAGUUUUGUGUCUGAUCCGGUGCAUCGGUAUCACCUUGCGUCCUGCGUUGCCGUUCAGCACGACAAAGCCGAGAAAGGGAGUUGCGCCGCGUGCUUCCAGGCUGUUUUUGCGAGCGAGGUGCUUCGUCUUCAGGCGGCCAACGAGCCAAAGGCACAGAGUUGGAUGGAGGCACUUCGCUCGGCAGUCGCUGCUGAGAGGACAAAAGACUCUUGGGGAAAGGACAGCAGGCCUCGUCUUCCAAACCUGGUCAAGGACCAGGAAUGGCUGCGUGGGAAUAUUCGGGAAUCAUCCAAUCGCAAGUCGAUCACCACGAGUUUCCUUAGCAUCCUGACCUGCUUGGCCGGGGAGAAGGGUCUGACGGCCCAGAACUUCAGGUGUGCAGGCUGUCAAAGACCAGUGGGGUUAUCGCAAGAAAAAGCCAACUUCUGCUACUACAGUGGACGGUACUACUGCCAAUCCUGUCACCAGGACAGCUUGUUUAUUAUACCUGCACGACUGCUGCACAACUGGGACACAAAUCGAUAUAAGGUGUCUAAGCAAGCUAAGGAGUUCCUGGAGUUUGUGUAUGAAGAGCCGCUUCUAGAUAUUGAACAGCUCAACCCAUGUCUGUACCAACACUGUGAAGCGCUGGCCACGGUGCUGACGCUGCGUCGGAGACUGCAGUCACUGCGUGCCUACCUCUUCAGCUGCCGAGCUGCCAUUGCUGAAGACCUCCGGCGCAGAAUCUUCCCAAGAGAGUAUCUCCUUCAGCACAUUCACUUGUACUCAGUAGCAGACCUCCAGCAGGUUAUUGAUGGGAAGCUGGCCCCCUUUCUGUUGAAAGUGAUCAAAUUUGCGAGCACGCACGUCUACAGCUGUAGUCUUUGCAGUGAGAAAGGCUUCAUCUGUGAGCUGUGCCAGGACAGCCAGGUCAUCUAUCCCUUUCAGGAAAGCGCCUCCAAAAGGUGUGAGGGAUGUGGUGCUGUGUUCCAUGCGGAGUGCUGGCAGCGCGGACAGCCGUGCCCUCGCUGUGUGCGGCGUGAACUCCACCAGAAGCCGGCGUCUUUUUGGAGUCACUUAGAUGCUGACGACAGUCCCAAUAACAGUGCCCUCGGAUACUUUGAAAUGGGCAAUUGAGAAGUACAAAGAACUAUGACUGAAGUCAAAAUAAGACUGAAAUCAAAACACCACUACUACAGAAAAAACCCCCAGAAAAAACCCACAGUUAUUAACAAAAAAUGAGAGAUCGAGUCAAGGGAGGCCCAGCAAUCUCGAAAACAACAGAAUAGCAUGAUGGCUGUACAAUUAUUUCUUCUUUGAAAUUUGCAUAAUAAGACACAAUAUAUGCAUAACGGACUCCUUUCUACACUUACCUAUGAGGGAAAAUAUAGUGAACGGAUGUUUUUUUUGUAUGUAGUUAUUGCAGAAGGGCUUCCAUAACCUUUUGCCCCCUUUUCAGUCAUUCAGUCCUAUUAUACUUUAAUAAAACUGAAUCGAAAGUUGUGUUAAAAUUGUGUGGCUGAAAAAGUGUUACUAUGAAACAACUGCAAGCUGACGUAA